AUGUGUGUUGUUAUUUCCAGGAGGCAUGAGGAGAACUACCUAGACCUCAACAAUCUGCCACAUGACUUUUCUAAAGAUGGCAAUAAGCAACCCCUGGAGGAAGGUUCUUCCUCUGGUCCAAGAAAGAAAAGAGGAAGUAAAGAAGGGAAAGAUGAGAGCGGGAAGGUGUACGAAUGUCGAUUUUGUUCACUCAAGUUCUGCAAAUCCCAAGCUCUUGGUGGCCACAUGAAUCGCCACCGACAAGGCAUGGAGACCGAGACAUUAAAUCAAGCUCGCCAACUGGUCUACCGUAACGAUACCUUAGCCCCACCUGGUGUUACGCCUUUCAGAUAUCAUACCGCAGAUCCAACAGUAUACAGGUCGGUUUACUCAUCACCAAUGCUAUAUGCUGGAAGCUCCUCAACGAACUUGGUUCCCCAACCGCUUCAACCGCCAUAUCCAUACUCGUCAAACCAAUACUCUCACAACCACACCAACGAUUACUACUUAAGCCAAACAUAUCGAGGCAGCAGAAGCAUCUCUCCAAACCCUAAUCACCCAAUCAACACAACCGUUAAUUACAUGGCCGAUGGUCCCGUGGAAUCGCGCUACACUUGCGUUGGUGCACCUAUUGGUCAAAGCAGUUACCCUAGCCGUGGCUCCCCCAACAUCCGUGCGCCACCGCUUGAACCGCCACAAAGUCGUGAUGGUGACGCUUCACGGCAGCGUUUGGAUCACACUCUUCGGUUACCCAUUAACCGGUUUCAAGAUCAUCACUCACUCUGA